ACGACUUUUCCACAACCACCUAAAUAAUCAAGGGGGAAUCUUCAAAGCACUUGACCACGAAACAAAGCAUGUCAAGAGGAGCAGCCAGCCUUUAACCACAGCAAAACUUUGGAACAUAAUUGAUUCUUGGCUGGUGUUCACGCAAUCUAGCAUCACACAAACAACAUUUUUGAAAAAAAAAAGAAAAUGACCAACAAACAAACUAAUAUGAACUGAUUUUUGAAUUUAAUAUUCAAAGCAGAAUAAUUUAGGCUUGACUCUUGAUUGGAAAUCUAUUCUACGAGAAUUACGGAAUCAAGCACAUGUUCCUUGUCCUAUGGCUUUGAUAAGGAUCGAAUAAAGGGUAGUUGCUUAUGUAAAAGCUGAAUUAAAAAGCUACAAAUAAUUUCAUGAGAUUCAUGUUGGGUCAAAUUCACUGGAGGAGGGGAUUAAGACACCAAAACAAGGAAUUAUUAUUAUUUUUUCAGAAAAAAAGGUGCAAAACAAGGUGCCUGCUUGCUUUUAAGAAGACCCCCAAUCCUCCCCUCAGCACCAAUCUACCGAGUUCAAGAAACCAUUGGGUUAUAGCUCAAUGGAUUCCAAGCCAUUCUCCCAGCUCCUGCUCCCUUCCACUGCUCCUCUCUCCCUUUGGCAGCUCCUGCUUAUACUAUCUCUGUUACUCCUAUCACUUCUCCACUCAUCAUCCAUAGCAGUUGCUUUGAGCUCCACAGCACUACUUGAGUCCCAAACCAGAGCUCUCCUCCACUGGAAAUCCACUCUCCAAAGGCCACAAGCCCUCAGCUCAUGGACUCUCUCCAACAACACAUGCACUUGGCUCGGAAUCACCUGCUGCUUGAAUGGAAGCCAAGCCAUCACCGAGAUCAGCCUCCCUCGCGCCGGCCUGUCAGGUAAGCUUGACGGCCUCAACCUCUCCUCCUUUGCAUCCCUCACCAGCCUCCACCUCCGACGCAACUACCUCUUCGGUGCCAUGCCGCCCGGCAUCGGCACCCUCUCCGCUCUCACUUCCCUCGAUCUCUCUCACAAUCUUCUCUCCGGCAACCUGCCACCUUCUCUCACCAAUCUCUCUCAUGUCUCCGAAGCCGACCUUUCUCACAACGAAUUCACAGGUGACGCAGCUGCGUUCUUCUCUGCCAAUUGGACAAAACUCGUCUCCCUUCGUCUCCAAUUCAAUCAUUUCACUGGAACAAUACCUUCUGAGAUCCGCUCCCUUACAAAUCUCAAGAUCCUGCAUCUCUACCAAAACCAGAUAUCCGGUUCCAUACCUCCAGAAACUGGCAAUGUCAGGAGCCUGGUUAGCCUGCACUUGGCCAACAACAAACUCACUGGUUUCAUCCCUCCAGCCCUUGGUAACUUGACCGAUCUCAGAACUCUUCACCUUUACCACAACAAGCUAUCUGGUCAUAUUCCCAGUGAAUUAGGAAUGCUUUACAGACUCGAACAAAUGGGAGCUCAUGAGAAUCAUCUCAUAGGUUCCAUCCCUCCAAGUUUCGGCAACCUCACCAAGCUUACCAACUUGCAGCUCCAUACUAACAAGAUCUCGGGCUCCAUUCCACGUGAAGUAGGAAACCUAGUGAACUUGUUUGUUUUAAUGAUCAAUGAUAAUAUUCUAACAGGUUCCAUCCCCUCAAGUUUAGGAAACCUGACCAAGCUGAGUACACUGGACCUCCAUACAAAUAGGAUUUCUGGCACCAUUCCUCAGCCUUUUGGCAGUUUUAGAAGCCUCACUCAUCUUCGCGUAUUCGGUAAUAAAUUAUCCGGCUCUUUGCCUCAUGAGCUCGGAAAUCUAACGAAGUUGGCUUCCUUGCAAAUAGCUGACAACGAGUUCGCAGGAAGCUUGCCGCCGGAUGUUUGCAAAGGAGGCGUGCUUCAACGUCUCGUUAUAGCAAACAACCAUUUUGAGGGCCCUCUUCCAAGGUCUCUGAAAAAUUGCUCUACCUUGUUGAGAGUUCGCCUUGAAGGAAAUCGACUCAAAGGUAACAUCUCCCAAGACUUGGGGAUAUAUCCAAAUCUAAUCUACAUGGAUAUGAGCUACAACCAACUGCAUGGAGAGCUUUCACAAAACUGGGCAUACUGUCAGAAUUUGACAAUUCUACAGGUUUCUGGGAAUCAGCUCACUGGAAAAAUACCCCCUGAAUUUGGGAAAAUGCUGCAACUGCGUGUCCUAGAUGUUUCUUCAAACCAGCUAGUUGGAGAGAUACCAAGGAAGCUCAGUGGCAUGAGCUCAUUAUUCCAGUUGAAUUUGAGUUGUAACAGGCUAUCUGGAAUGAUGCCUUCAGAAACUGGAGACUUGUCCAGCCUAGAAGUUCUUGAUUUGUCUGAUAACCAUCUAAGCGGGCCGAUAUCAGGACAACUAGAGAAUCUAUCCAAGCUGCGUCUGUUGGAUUUGAGUGAAAAUGGAUUCAAUGGGAGCAUUCCACCACAAAUUGGUGAGAUGGAAAGCUUGCAGGAUCUACUUGAUUUGAGUCAUAAUUGCCUUGAAGGAGAGAUACCAUCACAACUAGCAAGCUUGACUUACUUAGUAUCUCUGAACUUGUCCCACAAUAAUUUAUCUGGUGCCAUGCCUUCAUCUCUAGCAAGCAUGAUAAGCUUGACAUCCAUAGAUGUCUCGUACAAUGAUCUGGAGGGCCCUCUUCCUCCAAGUAGAUUAUUUCAAAAUGCUCCAGCGAUGUGGUUUGCCGAUAACAGAGGCUUAUGUGGCGAUGUGCAAAGUUUGCCUCCUUGUGGCCCGAUCAUGGAGAAUACUAAUGAUUCAAGGAAACACCACAUAAUACCACGCAUUGCUAUUCCUCUCUUGGGCACUUUUGUUCUUUUGGUUAUGUCCAUCAUUUUCAUUGUGAUGCUUUGCAAGAAAGAAAGGCCAGCAAAAGAAGAGGAUGAUGAAGUUAUUAUUGGAGAUCUGUUUUCAGUAUUGAAUUUUGAUGGGAGAGUUGCUUACAGUUACAUUAUUACUGCAACUGAAAAUUUUGAUGAUAAAUAUUGUAUUGGAAGGGGAGGAUGUGGCAGUGUCUACAAAGUAGAACUUCCAACUAAGCAGGUGGUAGCAGUGAAAAAAUUUCACAUGAUGGAAGAAGGGAUUUUUAAUGAGAGAAGCUUUCGAAAUGAAAUCCAAUUGAAAUUCGACAUUGCAACAUUGUAAAACUUUACGGGUUCUGCUCCAACACUCGAUGCAAUUUUCUUGUAUACGAGUAUAUUGAGAGAGGAAGUUUAGCUACCAUCCUACACAAUCAAAAUACAGCUAUGGAAUUGGGUUGGGAUAAGAGAGCUGAUAUCAUCAAAGAUGUGGCCCAUGCCUUAUCAUAUAUGCAUCAUGAUUGUAAUCCUUCCAUAGUACAUCAAGACAUUUCAACUAACAAUAUCUUGUUAGAUUUUGAUUUUAAGGCCUAUCUCUCAGACUUUGGCACUGCAAGGAUUCUUAAACCUGAUUCAUCAAAUUGGAGCAUGGUUGCAGGAACAUAUGGAUAUGUUGCACCAGAACUUUCAUACACGACAAGGGUGACUGAGAAAUGUGAUGUAUAUAGUUUUGGUGUAGUAAUACUAGAAGUAUUGAUGGGGAGGCAUCCAGGUGAGCUAAUCUCAUCUUUAUCAACAUUGGAUAGCCAAGGAACAUUACUAAGAGAUAUUCUGGAUAACCGCAUCUCACCUCCUCCAGCUCAUAUGACAAAUGAAGUAGUGUUACUAACAACAACGGCAUUUUCAUGCGUACAAAAUGUGCCACAAAUACGACCAACCAUGCAGAAAAUAUGCCACUUAUUUGCAGCUUGCAACUCUUCAACCUUCUACAUGCCUUUCAAUUCAAUCAGAUUAAGCCAACUAGUGGAUUCUU